AUGGACACAGAAGCCUUGCCCACCUCGAAUUGGAAAGAUGAUGAUUUUUAUCAUCGAAACCCAUUCUGCAGGCGUAUUAGGGAUGCUUGCAUCGAUACAAAAAGUACAAUUGGUGGGAUACAUCUUAUAAGAAUACUCAGUUUUGGAGAUGUGCAAUGGAUCGCCAGAGUCCAACUUGAGCCGUCAACGCCUUUGACCACGAGCCUCCUCCGGGCCGAGAUAGAUACCAUGGAUCUCGUCAGGGCCCGAACGAAUAUCCCAAUACCGAAGGUUUUUGGGUAUGAGGUCAACGAUGAAAAUAUUGUUGGCUCUGCAUUUAUUCUGAUGGAAUUUCUACUUGGCUCAUCUGCGAUGGAUGCUGAAGGAGGCUAUGACAGUCAUCAUGGCCAGGCUCAAUUGGCGGAGAGAAGGCCGUUCUAUGAUGAAGUUGCUGAAAUUCAAGUACAAAUGACCUCGGUCAGAUUACCAAAAAUUGGUUCAAUUGUCAGGCGAAGUGAGAGCUCAUUUGAUGUCGGGCCAAUUCCUAGAUUAGGUGGACCGUUCGUGACAGCUGCUGAAUUCUUGAAGGCAUGGGCUAGGAACGCAAAAUUCCCAUUUUCUGAUCAGGCUAUCAGAGAAGCUAUGAAUGGCGGUCCAGUGGAAGAGGUUUUAAGCUCUAUCAGGAAUUUUCCGCACUAUCUACAAACAGUGGCACACAAAAUUUCGGCCACCAACCAUGGACCUUUCCCGAUUUAUCACCCCGACUUUUACCAUAGUAACAUCAUUCUCGACAAUGAUUUCAAAAUCCUUGUUAUUGUUGACUGGGAGGGAGCUUCUACCGUACCAUGGGAACUUGUUGAACCACCUUUGUUGUUGAGCCUGGUACCACCGCCAAUGGAUGACCCAAAUGAUUACGACUGCACCGGGUUGCAUAAGGAGGAAGAAUCAAGGCGUCGCUUAUACGAACGUGCCGAGUAUAUCAAGUGUGUGUUGAGGAAAGAAGAAGAGUUGAAUAUGGAUCAAAAGCUCUCGCAAACCUUACUGGACCCUGGCAUACAAGGACUUGCACAUGCAAUGAAAAUAUGUCUUGACCCGGGGAAGCUGUGA